AGACGACAACCGCCUGAACGAGACCACACUGUUGUCAACGCGCCGGCCCUAAUCGAUGACCACGGCUUCACCAGAUCACUUCAGAUAAAGAGACGGCUGGGGAACACACCUACUUGCCAAUGUUUCUUGGGCAGGAUCAUUGCGUUUUGCCGACACUACAGCAAAGGCAAACGCCAACUCUUUAAUGGGACCCCGGAUGCCAUUUCUAUCCAUUCUUGCCAGAAUCUUACGAUAUACAGCCAUGCCACAAUGGUUAUAAUUCAGCUCCUGUUGUUGCUGAGUUUCUUGGACCAAAGCAAGCAGGAUUAUCUGUCUCCGAGGCUUGCUAGGACUUCAGGGGCUCCUUGUGCCAGGGGCCAGGCGUGUGACCCAAGGCAGCGGAGAGAUGCUGGGGGACGCGGUGGAGUCUACGAGCACCUCGGAGGAGCACCAAGAUGCAGAAAACUUUACUGUGCAACUAAAUAUCAUUUGCAAAUACAUCCAAGCGGGAAAAUAGACGGUUCUCUUGAGGAAAACAACCAAUUUAGCAUCAUGGAGAUCACAGCAGUGGAUGUUGGAGUGGUAGCGAUAAAGGGGAUAUUUUCCGGGAGAUAUCUGGCUAUGAAUGAUAAAGGACGUCUAUACGCAUCGGAUGUGUUCAACCAGGAGUGUGAGUUCCUGGAGCGGAUUCAUGAGCUGGGCUACAACACCUAUGCUUCACGACACCACUCCACCCUGCAGCCCCCUGCAGGGGGUGGCAGUGGCAAACGACGAGCCAGUGCCAAGAGGCAGUGGUAUGUGUCCAUCAAUGGGAAAGGCCGGCCAAGGAGGGGCUUUAAGACACGCAGCACUGACAAAGCCUCCCUUUUCCUGCCUCGAGUGCUAGGCAAUAAGGACCAUGAGAUGGUGCAAAAGCUCCGUGACAGCCAGAGGCACCCAGCUGGACAGCAGAGUCCCCCUAUGGACCGGGUUGAGCACCGGAGACGGAGACACCGGGCCCGGGGUAGGAAGGGCAGAACCAAGAGGCCUGGUGACAGACUGACACUAGCCACUGUCUGAGAGCAGUAGGCCCUAUUUCUCAGCUGAGGAGCACCAGUUUACGGCACAUGAAACGGACCAAUAAUGGACUUACUGAAAUAUCUGCCUUAGAAGGAGAACAUUUCACUUGGAUCAGUCAGUGGCAGCAAGCUAUACUUUGUUGUACAAGCUCCCGCUAAAAUCCUUGCUUGAGAUACAUGCAACUUGAACCAUCCCCCACAACUAUUGCAAUACCGACACAAGAUUUGCCUGGGAAUUCGAGUUAGGCACAUACAGCUAAAGUUUGAUCUAAGUAUGAAAGGAUGAUAAGGUUUGUGUUUGUUUUGUACAUACACGUGUGAAUGUGACCAAAGUCAACACAGCUGGAUAUCUUCUUAUUGUUGUAUUACCUGGAAAAAGACAAGUUGUUUUUGUGUUCUUGUGGAACUUUUUAAAGAUCAUAAAUAAUAUAUGUAUAUAUGUGUACAGUUCUUUUUAAUAUCAGUUUCAUUUAUCAGCAGCUUUAAUUUGGGGAAAUGAGAUAGAGUAAGACCUGGACAUCAUUCAUGUGCUUACAGAUACCAAGGAGGUGGUAUGCUCCAGAGAAGUAGAAAUACAGCAAAGCACUUUUUCAUAUUAGCGUAAAAAGAAAACAAGUAAAAACAUGGGAACACAUUUAUUUUGAAAUGUACUUAUGAUGUGAUAGUCUACUGUCUGUAAACUGCGAGAAGUACUUUGUAUAUUACUAAUGAUAUGAAUAUUUAUUUGGUACCUGUGUUUUUUAAGUUAUUGAUGAGAUUGUUUCUACAUUUACCAAUGUUAUUCUUUUUUACUUUGUUGUAACCAACCAGGCGUACCCCUCACUCAAAUGUAUGGUAACAAGAGAUAUUGUCAAAACAAAUGGUCAAUCUGGCUUGUCAAACAUUACUUUGUUUUGUUAAUUGGUGUAACUAGCUAGUACAACUGAACAGACAAAAUACAUCAAAUUUACUUACUGAAUCCUAUUUGUCCCUUUUUGGGCAUGAGACCACACUCAGCUGACUUUAUUUUGUCCUGCCCAUGACCAUGUUUUGCACUUCACCACAGGUUGGGUUCAUCUCUGUCAGUUCUGACACCACUGUUCCUACACCAGGUAGGCCUAGCUUUGGCCUUCCAUGUUGCUCAUAGAUUGCCGUUCUGUUCAGAGCAUGGGGGAUGCAGCUUUGUUCCACUCUAUGUUAACACAAAUAUGUAAUUGUCAUGAUUUUUUUCACCACCAAUCAAUUAUUUUAUGGUGAAUGUUGAGUCAUGAGGCUAUAGUGAACACUGUAACAUGCAAACAAUAAACGAUCAAGUAUUUGGAUUAAUGUCAUAAGGAAAUGUUUAACCUGUGAACGUUGUGUUUAAAAAGGCUUCUGGGGUUUAAGAGGGAGGUCUAGUUUUAGCAUCUGAGUUAUUUCUGUCAAGGUGAGGUGAUUAUUACACAGUUUCAAAAACAAUAUAGGUUACUGAUGGCAAAAUGUACAUUUUAAAAGCUGAAUGGUUGUUUCUUUAUUUUCAAGUACCAGGACUUUGUAGCUUGCCUUCACCAACCCCAAUAGUGUGAUCCCACAGUCCUGAAGUAGAAUGCUCUCAUGGCCUCCAGCAGAAUGGAACUCUCUCAGGGGAACCUAUCCCUUCUCUGUGCUGUACCUAUCCCUUCACAGUGACUGCACCUGUUUUAAUGAGAGAGAAAGUGUUAGGGACACAAUAAGAUAUUUUUUUUCAAAGUGAGUGUUUUUAAAUUGCAUGCACUG